AUGGCCACCCCAGUUAGUGCACAGUGCUCCAGCAAGACUUGGGAGCUCAGCUUGUAUGAAUUGCACCGCACCCCUCAGGUAAGCAGUCCAUAGACACACUUCUCUUAUUUCAUUCAUUCACAUUAUUAUCAGAUAAUUGAUUGCUGCAUGCUUACCAACCUUGUUCUAGGAAGCCAUCAUGGAUGGCACAGAGAUAGCAGUGUCUCCGCGUAGUCUGCACAGUGAGCUGAUGUGUCCCAUCUGCCUUGACAUGCUGAAGAACACCAUGACCACCAAGGAAUGUCUGCAUCGGUUCUGUUCAGACUGCAUUGUAACAGCGCUGCGCAGUGGGUCAGUAUCGGUAUGCAUGAUUAUAGCAAAGGUAGACUUAAUAGGAUAUGUUUUCAUGCUCCUUAAGUCUUCCUGAAUCCACAUAUUUGUAUUUAAUAUUUAGUAUUUGCAGUGUACACACCUAAUCAAGGAGCAAUUUUCUUUCUUGUGCACACAAUGUCCUUGAUAGCUAUUAUACUUUCAUUAGUUUGUGUGAGACUUUGGAUUCCGAUUCCAUCAUGCCAUGGGUUCAUGUUUCCUUAAAUAUCCAUCAGCUGACGUAUAAAUUCUCUGAUCCAUGUGCUGUUCAAUAGUUAAUGUGUGCAAGGGCUGUGCCUUGAUUAAAGAGGAAUGCAGUGUAUUAUUUUACAUAGCAGGGCUAAUACCAAAAUACAGUUUGUUUCCCGCUUAGAACAGUUUGUCUUGCGUUAUAUUUGUAUGUCCAUACAUUUUUUUUUCUCUGACGUAUCUAAUGCACCUUUUCUGCACAACAUUUGGUUUUUCUCUUGUAGGAACAAGGAAUGCCCCACUUGUAGAAAGAAAUUGGUUUCUAAACGCUCCCUUCGCCCCGACCCAAAUUUUGAUGCACUUAUCUCCAAAAUCUAUCCAAGUCGAGAUGAGUAUGAAGCUCAUCAGGACAGAGUGCUUGCAAAGCUGAGUCGCUUGCAUAACCAACAGGCCCUUAGUAGCAGCAUUGAGGAAGGACUUAAAAUGCAAGCCCUGCACAGGUAACAGAAAAAGCAGCAACACAAGUGGGUUUUUUUCUGCUAUGUGACAAUGUGAAAGAUGCUAUAAAUUUUGCUUUUCUCUUCCCAUCUUCCUGGACUCCCAGGGCACAACGGGUACGAAAACAUCAGCACGAGUCCGACAACACCACAUUCAGUGGUGGGGAGGACAACUGUGAUAGCCGCUCUCAUGUUAGCAAUCCAUCUGUGCACAGCAACCAAGAGGCAGGGCCAAGUCGCAAGAGAUCCCGCGCCUCCGAGGAUUCUGGAGCAGAACCUGACCUAUCACAUGAGGGUGGAGGAAGGAGCCCCGAUCCUCCAGGGGGCGGAGAGGCUGGGAGUGAGAUAGAGCUGGUGUUCAGAGCUCACCCCUUGUUGGUGGAAAAGGAUGGUUAUAGCCAGACCAGGUAGGUUCACUUGUAUAGUUGAACAGAAGUGCAGAAUAGAAUAUAAUGUUCAAAUACUGAUAUUUAUGGAUUCUUAUUCUUUAUAUAGCACCAGUGAGUUGUAAUAGUCAAGUGGGGAAAUCAUGAGUGCAUGAACAAGUGCCUUAGUUGAAUCUUGAGUUAGAAAAGGGUGAAUGCUACCAAUAUUAUUAAGGUGGAAAUUACAUGAUUUGGAGACUGACUGGAUGUGAGGAGGAAAGUUAAGACCAGAUUCAAAGGUAACUCCAAUACUGCCAGCUUGAGGAGAUGGGGUAAAAGGUGUCCCAAUGAUAUGUAGGAAGAUAGAUGGAGAGCUAUUUCACAGGGUAAAGACUGAAUGAGCGUUCAGAAAAAUGGGAUGAAAACCAGGAAAGAACAGUGGCACAGAUUCCAAGGUUGUGGAGUGGUUGAUGAAGAGAGUGGUCAAUAGUAUCAAUAAUCAAUGGUCAAUACUAUCAAGUAUAGAUGUCAAGAAGAGUUAAGAGCGAGAAAUGACUUUUAGAUAUAGCCAAGAUUAAGUCGUUAGUCACUUUGGUAAGGGCAGUCUCUGUAGAGUGGAAACUAAAUUGAAGAAGGUCAAGUAAAGAGUUAGUAUUGAGAAAGUGAGUUAGAUGGCUAAACCGGUAAACACAGGUCGCUGAAGAAGCUUAGAAGUGAAGGGGAGAAGCGAUAUGGAGCAGGAGUUAGAAGAAAUAUGGUGAAAUUAUUGCAUGUUGGAUUGUAGAGGGGAAGAUUGAAUAUGGUGAGAGGGAAGGGUUUUAAAGAGCACAUGAACCUCUUGUUCAGAGCCUGGGGAAAAAGAGGGAACAUAAAUGUGAGCUGUAUAUUGGAGGGUAGGAGGAAAGAGGGGGUGAAUGUAUUUCUAAUUUGGUUAAAGUAAUAUGUAAUAUCACUGGUUGCAGCAAGGCAAAGAAGAGAGUUAAAGGUAAAAGGCGUUUGGGAUCAUGGCAGUAGGUGGAAAUGAAAGAGUUGAAAAACUCUUGCUUGGCAAAGAGAGGGCUGAAGUAUAGGUACUCUGCAUAAUUUUGUAAUAUAGAAAGUCAGGUGUGGUGCGGGACUUUCUCCACCAACACUCUGCAGUACUGGAACAUCAGUGGAUUACAUAAAAUGCAGUAGACUGAAUAUAGCUCGUGCAAAAAAGCUUAGGUUCUAAGUACUAAACGUGGUUAGAACUCUGCUGCAGAGAAGAGGUGAAGGUGAUUCCUAGAACUGUAUUAAAGAUUACAAUUUCUGGCAAGUUUUUUAUUUUACCACUUUCCUUUUUAUUUCCAGGUUUGUAAAGACAACAGCAAAUGCUACAGUUGAUCACUUAUCCAAAUACUUGGCUCUACGCAUUGCUCUGGAAGUGGAGGCUCUCCGUGGUGGUGCAGAUGGGGUGACACUGGGUGAGGUCAGCGAGAAGCAAUAUACAAUUUACAUUUGUGCCGGGGCUGCAGGCGGACAGUACACUGUGAGUAUAAUUAGUGUAGUAAUAUUGUAUAGUUUAUAUGUUCUUUUGCUUAAAGGGAUACUUGAGGCUGGUGUUAACAUAUUUUGUUAUGCAUUAAAAUAACAAUAAUAUACAUAUUACACACACUUUUGAAGUUCCUGCAUUCAAACCUCAGCAUCUACCAUGAACUCUAAACUAGGAAGCAAUUAACUUUCAUAGCACUGCUGAGAAGUGCUCUGUGUGCACAGCAGUAUUUCUGGAAGAUCCAGAACUCAGAGUUUAUUUGUUUUUCACCUGUGGUACUUUUUAUAGUAUAACUACUACUCUAUGUUUGACACCAUGUACAGCAAAAGUAAUUUAAAAAAAACAAAACAGCAUCAUUUUCACCUAACUUGUGGGUUCUCAUUUUCCUAUUCCAAUAGAUGGCUCUGUCAGCUCAAACAUGCCUCUCUCCUAUUGUUUCCUCUCUCUUUCAUCUUUCAGAAUCAUUUUUUCUUUUCUGCAAUUCUGAUCUAGUUCUCUUUAAAACAUAACACAAAGUAGGGACUACUUUGUCCUUAUUUUUUUUAUUUUUUUUCUACGCCUGACUAAACUUGAAAAAGGGGAAACUCCAGACCCGGAAAGCACUAGCUUUUAGCUUUAGUUUGUGCUCUUUUUCUAUCUAUAAAUUAACCUGGGUACACCCCCUUGGCUUUCAAGCAGACAACAGAUUCUGUCACUUCCUGGUUUGGUUAGCUUAUUUGCAAUGAAUAUAAGAACCAGCAAUUGCCCAGAGCGCCUGCUUGAUAGCAACAGAAAGCACCUGAUUGGAUAGCAACAGAAAGUCUAGGUGGGGUUAAAAGGUGAGGGCUUGGAAAGGCAGCAGAUAAGAACUGCAGGUUUUGCAAGUUGCUUUUAGAUAUGUCCCACUAAAAAAAAAUUAAUUUGGGGUAUAUCUACUAAACUGCAAGUAAAAAAUUUUUUUUGCAUUUGGGUAGUGGAGUGUCCCUUUAAGGCAAGCCUUAAAGGACCACUCUAGGCACCCAGACCACUUCAGCUUAAUGAAGUGGUCUGGGUGCCAGGUCCAGCUAGGGUUAACCCAUUUUUUCAUAAACAUAGCAGUUUCAGAGAAACUGCUAUGUUUAUGAAUGGGUUAAGCCUUCCCCUAUUUUUGAUUUUUCACAGUGAGAGCACGCCAGCGUCCAUAGGAAAGCAUUAUGAAUGCUUUCCUAUGUGACCGGCUGAAUGCGCGCGCAGCUCUUGCUGUGCGUGCGCAUUCAGCCGACGGGGAGGAGAAGAGGAGGAUCGGAGGAGGAGAGCUCCCCGCCCAGCGCUGGAAAAAGGUAAGUUUUAACCCCUUUCCCCUUUCCAGGGGCGGGAGGGGGUCCCUGAGGGUGGGGGCACCCUCAGGGCACUAUAGUACCAGGAAAACGAGUAUGUUUUCCUGGCACUAUAGUGGUCCUUUAAAGACAAGUUGUCAAGAUUUGCUAGGUGUAGGAAAAAUAGUCCCUACUUUGUGUUUUAAAGAGAAAUAGAUCAGAAAAGAAAAACAGAUUUGAAGAAAGGUAAGCUUGAAGAUGUGUCAGGGGCACUUUAACCCCUUAAGGACCAAACUUCUGGAAUAAAAGGGAAUCAUGACAUGUCACACAUGUCAUGUUUCCUUAAGGGGUUAAACUCUUUACAUGUCCUCCUAUUAUUGUCUGCUUUUCAGAGACCAGCCAUUGACUUUCUUAUACAGAGCUAUGAUCGGAGUUGCCUAUACUACCUCUUCCUGCUACUCUAUGGCUGUUAUUCACAGCCCUACAUCACUGCCAGUGUAACUGCACAGUUCAUUGGCCGACCGAUAACAUUACCAAUUGCAGAACAGAGACCUGCAGUCAAUAAUAAGCUGACACUAUGACUAAAACCUAAUGCCAAAGCAGAAUGUCUACUUCUCUCCAGUCCCCCAUGAAGACUGUAAAGGUUAAUUUCCGAAUAUAAGACUGAAAGAAUGCUGUUUGUUUCUGUGCCUAAUUAUUCAUUUUGCUACUGAAUUAAUGUCUGACUUGGUGCAUGCUUGUCUCUUUGUCUCAGACCCUGAAUGGUUCGUUAACACUUGAACUGGUUAAUGAGAAAUAUUGGAAAGUGAGCAAACCCCUGGAGCUGUAUUAUGCUCCCACUAAGGAGCAGAAAUAG